AGAAAUUACUACAGUACUGUACAAUAGAAAAUAAUUUCUGAGCUGCUCAGAUUUUCGAGAGUGCGUUGUAGGGAUCUCACCGGUGCACGCUUCCCGAUUCGAACAGCAUAUUCAAACAAAAUGCUCUACAUAAUCGGUCUCGGUUUGGCCGACGAGAAAGAUAUCUCCGUCAAAGGUCUUGAGAUCGUACGCCGUGCCGAACGUGUCUAUCUUGAAGCAUACACGGCUGUCCUGCUGGUAGAAAAGAGUCAAUUGGAAUCUUAUUAUGGUCGAUCUGUAAUCGUGGCCGACCGUGAAAUGGUCGAGUCACAAUCCGAUGACAUUCUAGCUGAAGCAGACACCAAGGACGUUGCAUUUCUGGUCGUCGGUGAUCCUUUCAGCGCAACGACGCAUACGGAUCUUGCCUUACGCUGCCAGCAACACAAUCCCCCUAUCCCGACUCGCACACUCCCCAAUGCGAGUAUUCUGACGGCAGUCGGAGCUACCGGGCUGAGCCUCUACAACUUCGGGCAAACCGUUUCGAUGGUCUUCUUUACCGAUUCGUGGAAGCCUGACAGUUUCUACGAUCGCGUCGCGGAAAACUCGACUCUGGGACUGCACACAUUAGUGCUGCUUGAUAUCAAGGUCAAAGAGCCGAAUCUGGAGGCGCUGGCAAGAGGUAAAAUCGUCUACGAGGCGCCCAGGUUCAUGACUGUGGCGCAGUGUGCUAGUCAGAUGAUCGAGGUCGAGGAAACCCGCAAGCAGGGCGUGUGUGGCAACGAUCAGUUGGCAAUCGGCGUCGCCAGGCUCGGCAGUGACGAUGAAAAGAUCCUGGCCGGCACCCUAGAGGAACUGUCGCAGGCUGACUUUGGGCGACCAUUACACAGCCUGGUGCUGUGUGGAAGUACCAUGCACGAGAUGGAAUGGGAGUAUGCCAGAACAUUUGCGAUUGACCAGGAGAAGUUCGAUGGCAUCUGGAAGAAGAAUUAUGGCACAAAGAAGUGAGCCGAGAUCAUUUUCGCUUUGUGCUCCACGACUGGCGUUCAAUGAAGUUGGCGAGCACGUCGGAUGCCGUCUUCAUUGACAGUCUGAAUCCAGGGGAUUGGUUGGCCUUAGACGAAGAUAGAUAUCGGCUUAUUCAGGUAGCAAACCAAGCCUAUCAGUCAGUCGAACUCGUCGCGACGUAUCCAGCGAUAGCGUGAAGACUCUCGGGUGCUCAGAAUCGCCGAACCCUGAUCUUGCAAUACAGCAGCGCAAGGUGAUGAGAUUGCCAUGCCUCGCCAUUGUCUGGGAAGAAUCAUGAGAUUGAAACUGUUGUAGCUGUGUUGCCGCGAGCAAGUCUGUGUUCAAGGAUCGGCAAAUGCAAUGUACGGGCCUCAGUUGUAGCUGCGCAGCUGGGCUGUAACUCGCGAAUACAAGUCUUUCGUCAAG